CAAAAACUGAACAAAAAUUUCUGAUUGCCCCUUUGUUGGUCCUUUGCAGGGGUUCUUUCGGGGCCUGAAUUAAAAUUUUAAUGACUUCCUUUUAGCCCUGACCUUAGGUCCCCUGUGUGAAGAUUUGUACUAAGGUGAGCCUGGGUGAGUGACUUUGAGAGCUACUUAUACAGGAGCAGAUUUCAGGAUGGCUCAGUCCUGGUUCUGUCCCCCACGAGGAAACAUACACAGUCAGCUGAUCAAGAACAUGGCCAAAAUGGACACCCUAGUGACAGCCUCCAAACUAAAGUCACUACUGUGUGUUUAUGAUGAGGCUAAUCACAGAAUUCAGCUACUAGAGAAUGCCCUAAAACGUGAGAAUCAGAAGAUGUUUCAUGCGACACUGACGGGACAGAAUGAAUUCCGUCACCAGUCCGUACUCCGUCUAUCAGUACUAGAGGGCUAUAAGUUAAUGUUCAUAAAGUAUCGUAACAAAACCUGGACCAGGAUUCAGAAGUUGUCUAACCUGAUUCUCCAGAGCUCCGAGGAACCAGAGACAACCAAUCUGUUACCCGAGUCCAUGACUCGAGGUCCAGCUACCGACAAAAUGGCUCAACCUGAGAUCGAAAACUUUUGUCUGAUGCACCGAAGUGCUUGAUACACCAGAGACGGCUUCUCCGUGUGAAAUACGAGUUUUGAUAAAAAUAUAACACUAGCAUUGUGAGAAUACCAUGCUUUGGAGAAUGUGCUAAUCUUUAUUGUGCUUUUCAGGAAACUUAAGACAAUGAAUUGUGAGAGUUUGCCGAGUCAAUUAAUCUAGUCUCCUCCAUUGAUCUAGUCCUGUUCAUGUUUAGCUGCAUGUUAAUUGUGAUAAUUGAACACUUGUGCCAAAUAAAA